UCUCUUCUCAUGGAUUCAGCAGAUUGCGUCUGAAAACAAGGCUACCGUAAAACAGCGGUGAACAUUGCCAUGGUAACGGCGACGUCUCUGAUUGAUGGGACUCCAAUACUAAAAAUAAUAAUAGUUACAGCGGUCGCUUUUCCUCUUAAACACACACUUACUAGUGUGUUUGAGUUUACAUCCGGGAAUCUGUGUAUUCCAGGAGCCAAUAAUCUCGGGGUUUUGUAAGAAGGCAGCUAUUGGUUGUUAAUAAUAAUUAAAAAAUCAGCCUUAUUUACGACAGCAUGCAGUCCCUCUCUCACGAGCUACAGAAUUUCUCGAGAGCGCGCCUCAAGAAACAGAGCACGCGCAUCACUACGGCUACCGGGAAGGUCCUUGUGGAAACGCGAAGCGGCGAUGAUGGUUAUGUAACAGAAGCCGCAGAGGAGAGCGCCACCUGCGGGUUUGUCCCAGAUCUGAGUUUGGACCUUCAAGUGGGCGUCGUUGCACCUUUCCUCCUGCUCUCCUCACAAGAUGCUGCCAGUGACCCUGAGACUUUGAGAAAAUUCAAGGUAACUCAUGUGUUGAACGUUGCCUGUGGAGUGGAGAAUGCCUUCCCUGAGCACUUUAUCUAUAAAACUGUUCCCAUGAUGGAUCUGCCAGAGACAGAGCUCACAUCCUACCUCCCACAGUGCUUUCAGUUCAUCGAUGAGGCCAGAAAACAGGAUGGAGUUGUGUUGCUCCACUGUAAUGCAGGUGUGUCCCGCUCAGCCUCUGUUGCCAUCGCUUAUCUGAUGGCGAAGGAGAAGAUACUGUUUGAGGAUGCAUUUAACCGAGUCAGAUCAGCUCGUCCUUCAAUCCGCCCAAAUGCUGGCUUCCUUGUUCAGCUGAAGGAGUAUCACCCAUGAUUCACGUCACUUACUGGCAUUGAAGCUCAUCAUGCAGUUUGGACACUUCAAAUGUAACACUUAUUUAAAACUCAACUGCAGCAAGCUGAAACUACAUGGUAAAGGCAACUAUUAAACUCCUGGUUGCAUUUUUUGAGAACAUAAUUUCAGAUAUAGAUACCUCAACUCAAUGCAAAGAUUUA